UGAGGGGAGAAGAGGGGAGAGAAGGCACAAGAGGCAGGACGAUAACGAAACAGUAAUCUGAAGCUGGAGCAAACCAAAUUUUGCUUUUGUCAUUCAAAUUUAUUCAGUUUUACAUAUCCAUCUCUUUUAGCCCUCCUUUUCCCCCCCUACUUUUUCUCUGAGAUGUCAUCACUGUUGAAAGAAGAGAUGCAGCGUGUCUUGUUUAGACCAGAAAAACAGAAACUGGUGGAGUUUAUCGAGAUCGAGGAGGAGAAAAGUGGACGACAUUUCCUCUGUGUGUCCGUAUCUAAGAGCAAACAAGUCCAGAUCUCAGUGGUGCAAUGUGAGAAAGCUCGCCCUGCCAAAAGUAAGAAAUCCCGGCGUAUUGGACUGGAAGACCAAUAUGUGAGGACGGAGGUGUGGGCUCUCGGAGAACUGAGGAUUCUCGAUGGGAGGGACCCAGACACGGACGAUCCCUGUUUCCUGAUGCACUUCGGCACGGUGCGUCCUGUGAAAGCAGUGAACUGUGCCGCAAAGUACUGCCUGGCCCGCUGUCUGGUUGCGCUCAGUGACUCACAUCAGCACACCGAGCUACAUCUUCAGAACUUUGACUGGACCUACAUUAAGCCGACGUCCAUAUACUCUGACAGAGGUGACUGCAUGGUCCUUAUGCGGAUCUGCUUCUAUGCCUUCAACCUGGUGUGUCUCUCCUUGUGUCCCGUGCCUUUGUAAGGGUUUGAAAUUCUUGCCUCUGACUCCUAACACGGAACAUAGAAAAAUACACCAUCAUAAUGCGGACUUUGGUAGAAGAUUCACAAGGCUCCUACUGGGAAAACCCUCCACAUGAAUACAUUUCAACCUUAUAAUAAUAGUAAUAAUA